GGUGUCCGAGUUCAUCAUCAUUGGAACAUCAAACUGAGCCAAUUUCCAAAUUUUUUUAGUUUAUCAUCGUAAUACCAUUUUAUAUGUGUCAGGAUAAGUUUUAAUUAAUUACGAAAGCCAUAAAAAUUCAAUAGAAAUAUUAGAAGUAAAUAAGAAAAGUAUACAAAUCGUGAUUUCGCGAAAACUGUCGCGUUGUUUAUUUUUCAAGUUCAACAAAUCGUCAAUUAACAAUAUUUUAAUAUGUACGAGGAUCAGCACGCUAGAACAAAUUUAAAUGGCACCAGUAAUGAAGUAAAGACAGAGGAACUUAAAAGCCCUACAAAUGAAAAUGUUCUGAUGAAGCUCAAAUCUUAUUUGAUUGCUCUUCGAGUUUGGUCAUUGUCCGCAAGUAUCAUCCCGACAAUACUUGGUGCUGCAAUUUCUUUUCGAACACCAGCUCAGCAUGACUUUAGUUUGAUAAUAUUUAUACUCAACGUGUUCACAAUUGCAUUAGUGCAUUGUGCCGGAAAUGUGGUCAACACUUAUUUUGAUUAUGUCAAAGGAAUCGAUAAUCGAAAAUCAGAUGACAGAACUUUGGUUGAUCAUAUCUUAACAAUCGACGAGGUGGUUUCGCUAGGUGCAAUAUUAUACACUCUUGGUUGUAUUGGAUUUAUAUUGUUGGCGAUACUCUCACCAGCACGAAUGGAACAUUUAGCGCUUGUGUAUUUUGGCGGAUUAUCUUCGUCGUUCCUUUACACUGGCGGAAUCGGUUUAAAGUAUAUCGCACUUGGUGAUGUUAUCAUUUUGAUUAUUUUUGGACCAAUAUCCGUCAUCUUCUCAUACAUGUCACAAACUGGAAACAUCAAUUGGGCUUUAAUCUAUUACGCAAUUCCAUUAGCUUUAAAUACUGAAGCCAUAUUGCACAGCAACAACACAAGAGACUCGGAAUCAGAUCAAAAAGUUGGAAUCGUUACACUCGCGAUUCUUAUCGGACGUACUGCAUCACAUGUUCUUUAUGCGCUUCUACUUUUCACACCGUACAUCAUAUUCGUAGUCCUAAGCUUUAAGUUUUCUCUUUGGUUUAUUUUGCCUCUCGUCACUCUACCACAAGCCUUUAAAAUUGAGAAGCAAUUUCGUAAUGAAAAAACACUUCAAGGUGUCCCAAGCCAGACUGCAAAAUUAAACUUCUUCUUCGGUCUACUUUAUAUCGUCUCAUGCUGCUGUGUACCACACUUACCUCUUAUUUCUCGAAUUUAAAUUCAACUUGAUUUGUAUUUGACAUGAAUUGACUUAACUUGUUGUUUCUACCCACAAAAAAUGUUUCUUUGAAACUACAAACUCAUCGCAUCGCAUCAGAAUUGCCGUCGCGAAUCGAAAAAUAAAAAAAAAUAACUCAAAUAAUUGUCACAUUAGCUACACAUCAAAGAUCAGAUCAUUAUGAGAUGGAUGAUGAUGAAGAGUUAUCAUCAAUGAGAUUUUAUUAAAUAAUAUUUGGGCAUUAAUCAUUUUUCUUUGAUUAUUCAUUGAAAAGAAGAAAAAAAAAGUGGAACAAAAUUGAAUCUUGUAUUGUCAUCUGUCUCGUGAUCUGUCUUCUUAAAGAAUUCAUUGAAAUGAGAAGUUUUCAACCAUAAAAAAAGCAAACAAACAAUAUAGUCUCUGCCAAAUUAUCUAAUUUUCUUAUGGGAAUCUCCAAUUGUCUUACCGUCAGUGAUUCCAGUGCUUUUAAGCUGAGUAAAAUUAAAAGAAUGAAGAAGCAUGUGCUGAGAAAGAUAUUUGUAAUGUUGAUGUUUUGAUCCAUUUAAAAAAUUUAUAUAUAUUUUUUUUGUACUUAAUUACGGCUUGUUAGUUUAUUACGCUCCCUCAUUGUUACUAAUAUCAAAGAACAACAUAAGAUGAAGAAUUUUUUUUAAAAUCUCUUUCUAAAGUAUGAUAAGAAGAAGAAAAAAUAUCAUUGUUUUAAUAUCAUUUUGAUGAUGUUUGAUGAUUAUUAUACAAUUUCAAAAAGAAAAAAAAAUGAAAAAGAUAUGACAAUAA